AUGGUACAAGAUGAUGCUCAGAGACAUGCUCAGAAGAGGGCAAAUGAAAAUGAUGACGCACGGUCUCUACGACUUGAAGAUGAUGCUCAGAGACAUGCUCAGAAGAGGACAAAUGAAAAUGAUGACGCACGAUCUUUACGACUUGAAGAUGAUGCUCAGAGACAUACUCAUAAGAGGACAUGUGAAAAUAAUGACGCACGGUCUCUACGACUUGAAGACGAUGCUCAGAGACAUGCUCAUAAGAGGGCAUAUGAAAAUGAUGACGUAAGGUCUCUACGACUUGAAGACGAUGCUCAGAAACAUGCUCAGAAAAGGGCAAAUAAAAAUGAUGACGCACGGUCUCAACGACUUGAAGUUGAUGCCCAGAGACAUGCUCAUAAGAAGGCAUAUGAAAAUGAUGACGUAAGGUCUCUACGACUUGAAGACGAUGCUCAGAAACAUGCUCAGAAACAUGCUCAGAAAAGGGCAAAUGAAAAUGAUGACGCACGGUCUCAACGACGUGAAGUUGAUGCCCAGAGACAUGCUCAUAAGAGGGCAUAUGAAAAUGAUGACGUAAGAUCUCAACGACUUGAAGACAAUGCACAGAGACAUGCUCAGAGAAGGCACCAAUGCAAACAAUUAAAUCAACACAUUGCGCUAAUUGCCAAGGGCAAUGAAUUGAAUGUGCCUAUUCAUACACUUGGCCAAAUGAAUGUCGAAUGCCAAUUUUGCAAAUCGUUAAAUUUUAAAUGUGAAAAGUCUAAAGAUGGAAAAUUCACAUAUUAUUGCCAAAAGGGCAAGCUUGAAUUAAAGCAGAUAAAUUGUCCUGAUUUUCUGAAAAAAUUAUACAUUGGAAAUUAUUCUGCAUCUAAGAAUUUUCUUAAUAAUAUUCGUUCUUAUAACAGCGCUUUAGCUAUGGCUUCCAUGGGUGCCCCAGGAAAUAGAAAUCUAUUGGAUGUUGUGAACAAUGCUCCUUAUUGCUUGAAGAUUCAUGGGCAAUAUCAUCAUUUGACAUCGACGGCAAUGCGCCCAGCGGAUGGACAAGCUCCGCGCUUUGCACAGCUUUACUUUUUAGAUACAGAAGAAGCUAUAAAUUAUAGAAUGAAUAACGAAGCUAAUCAAGAGUGUGAUUCGGAAAUAAUGAAAGAUUUGUUAUGCUUUAUGGACCAAUGCAAUAAAUUUGCCAAAACUUUCAAAAUGAUGCGUCAGGUUGAACAAGAUCUUAAUCCGAGAGGCAAUGAAACCAUAAAUUUAAUGUUGUCCUUUCAAAACGAUCCUCAACAUGAUCAAAGAAGAUACAAAGCUCCAAGAGCAAAUGAAAUAGUUGUAGUAUUUCAGAAUGUAGAUGGAGAAUCUCCAUUUGAAAGAGACAUUCGGAUUUAUAAUAAAAAUUCGAACGAUGUUCAACAAAUAUCAAUUCUGGACAAAAGGUGUGAUCCGAUGUGUUAUCCUUUGUUAUAUCCAUAUGGAAACGAUGGAUGGCAUUCAGAACUUAAAUCAUUUAAUCCUAAAUAUCUAGGAUUCAAAGUAAGUCAAAUGAAUUAUUAUGCUCACUUGCUAGCACCAAGAGUAGAAUUUAGUCAGUUUAAAAAGACAGGCAAGUUGAGAUGUCAAUUUAUACUUGAUGCAUAUAUGAAAACUGAAGCCAAUAGGCUUAAUUAUAUUAAAUUAAAUCAACCUCAGUUAAGAGCAGAACUUUAUUCGGGAUUAAUGGAUCAUCUAGAUAAUCGAGCACGAAAUGAAGAAAUUACAGCUGGUAUACCUGUAAUUUUACCAUCUUCAUUUAUAGGUAGUCCAAGAAACAUGCAAGAAAGGUACCAAGAUGCUAUGUCUCUGGUGAGAAAGUUUGCUUACGCAGGCGUGAUUGAGUUUCAAAAAAGAGGACUUCCACAUUUGCAUUUACUUGCGAUGUUAAAUGAUGAAGAUAAGUCCAGACUUCAAGAAGUCAUAGACAUGAUGGUAUGGGCUAAAAUCCCUGAUGAGGAAAGAUAUUCAGAACUUAAUGUAAAAGUUUUGAAGCACAUGAUUCAUGGUUGUUAG